AUGCGGGUAUCAACUACUAGCAUCAUGCGGGUAUCAGCUACUAGCAACAUGCGGGUAUCAACUACUAGCAUCAUGCGGGUAUCAGCUACUAGCACCAUGCGAGUAUCAACUACUAGCACCAUGCGGGUAUCAGCUACUAGCAACAUGCGGGUAUCAACUACUAGCAACAUGCGGGUAUCAACUACUAGCACCAUGCGGGUAUCAACUACUAGCACCAUGCGGGUAUCAGCUACUAGCAACAUGCGGGUAUCAACUACUAGCAACAUGCGGGUAUCAACUACUAGCACCAUGCGGGUAUCAGCUACUAGCACCAUGCGGGUAUCAGCUACUAGCAACAUGCGGGUAUCAACUACUUGCACCAUGUGGGUAUCAGCUACUAGCACCAUGCGGGUAUCAGCUACUAGCACCAUGCAGGUAUCAACUACUAGCACCAUGCGGGUAUCAACUACUAGCACCAUGCGGGUAUCAGCUACUAGCACCAUGCAGGUAUCAGCUACUAGCAAAAUGCGGGUAUCAACUACUAGCACCAUGCGGAUAUCAACUACUAGCAACAUGCGGGUAUCAACUACUACCACCAUGCGGGUAUCAACUACUAGCAACAUGCGCGGUAUCAACUACUAG